CUGAGAUCUGUUCUGUAGGACUAGGACAACUCCCUGCCAGUGCUCCUGUCAUUUGCUGAUCGUCCCUCCUGCCAAGUAUCCAGGUACCUUUGGCAGCUACCUGGUGGGGUGUGCAAGUCCAGGAUGUUUAAAUACACCUCUCCAUGGCAGGUGCUGUGCAGCAGUUUGGAGAAGAGAGAGCAGGUAUCAGUUAAUGGUGAAGAAGGAAGCCCAAACCUACCAGAGUUAUCCGCAGAUUACAGAAAUGAGUAUGAUGCCACAGACUCUACUCAGACUAUAGUAAAAAUUUCAACACAAUAUCAAAUUAUUGGUUCAUCAGAUGCUGACUCAGGAGACUUACAAAAAUAUACUGAAGACUUUCAGAACCCAUACAAAUUAAAAGAAGUUGUAUCUGAAGCACAAACAGAAAGGGAUUUGGAUGUAACUACCAAGAACCUUCCUGCAGAUGAAGAAAUAACCUAUAUUUCUGAAGAGCAGAGGCCAAUUAUUACUGACACAGAGGUGACUACUACUACUUCAGACCCAGCCAUGGACAGAGUGACCAGAAGCAUGAUCUUCUCUCUUUCCUCAUCCAGAAGUAUAGGUGGUUCAAGGGAAGAUCUGACUAAUUCCACACCUGAAGAAAGCCAAGUGGCAGAUAAAGGUAAAGAUGUGUGGAUCCCUCCACCAGAUCGAAAUAGUAAGUUGAAAGUGCUGAGGGGGGAGGAACGUUUUGAAAUACGUUCACAUCGUCCAGAGACUAGCCCAAGCAAGCUCUUUGUUGACAGUGAUGGCGAGGAACAUGGAAAUUCCAGGGUAGGCUCACAUCAAUUUACCCCAGAAAAAGUAUGGGAGCUUGAGCAGGAAAGAAGAGACAUUAUCAAAAAGCAAGGUCACCGUAAAAGUUUGGACACAGAAGAUUUGAUCAACUUACAAGAAAGCACGGAUUCCCCAGUUACAAACAAAGAAGUGAAUGGUGGUCAAACUGAAGCAGAGGUAGACAUGGAACAGAUCAAUUUUGAAGCUGCCAGGCAGCAGUUUGUAAUGUUAGAGAAAAAGAGGAACAGUCUCCCUAUAACCCCUCGCCUUCAGCAGAGACCACCUAGGCUCUCUUCUCAGUCACUGUAUGAGAAUUACAGCUAUUCUGAUUUUCCCAGGCAGAAAGAGCCUUCCAUAUUGGAGCAGGAUGUAAAAGCAUAUCAGAAUGAAAGCACUGUAACCCAAGAAACAACUGGUAGGGAAAGAAGUGCUAGCUUACUCCGCAAACAGUUUUUAAGGGAUUUGUCUGUAGAUUCUAUAGAUACUGGAAAGCAGGAAAAGUCAGGUGAAGUUUACAGAGAUGAGACUACAGCGGUGGUAUCAGAAGAAAAAGACGACAUUCCAAAUCCCAGUGAUGAGACCCCUAUCGAAAGGGAAAUCCGCCUUGCAUUGCAAAGGGAGGAAAGUCUGAGAAAAGAGAGGGGAAUUCAGCAUUCAGUGGAAUCAAAAGAGAUAGUGGAAAUACAAAAAAAUCUAGCGCUAUCUAUUUCCCCAGAAACACAGUUGCCCAAAAAGAACAAAGACAGGGUUCGCACUGCUUUCUUUCUUCAAAGAGAAAUUGAAAGAGAAGCACAAAGGGAAGCUGAUCUAAAAAAUGAAGGAAAAUUGACUGGGCUUUAUGACAAAGGAAAUGCCCAAGAGAUAGAUGAGCGCAGGAAGUUGUUUGAGCAGCUAGAUGAAAUACCUGUUUACCCACAGAAAAUAACUGCAAAAACUAUCUCCAAGGGAAUCAUAACUGACACACAAGAAGACAGUACAUACCAGAGAGACUCUGAAGUGGGCAAUGAGACAACUAAUUUGACAGUUGUGGAUGCUCCUUUACCCUACAGUCUAAGAACCAAUUGGAAGCCAACACCACUCAACCCCUACAGAACCAGAAGGCUAAGUAUGGAUAAUAUUCUAGAUGUAAGAAUACCUAAUGACACCACAACAGUUCAGGAAUCAUCAGUGGAAACUUUUGUUCACAAAGAGAAUUUUCAAUUACAGCCCUUGAAAUUCGGCUUACAUGCACAAGAAGAUCAGGCUGAAGAGGAAAAGGAUUAUAAGGUGGAGAAAACACCAGUAUCUGCAAAUGGUGUUGAAAAAUACAGUAGAAGGCUGAGGCCUUCACAUUCCUUUGUGAUGGAGGAAGAGAUUCGCAAAACAUUAGAGAGAGAACAUGAAUUACAAGAACAAAGAAGAAAGAGUGAACUUCCUCCUGUUACUACAUUGAAAGAAGACCACUAUGAAUAUAAUCAGUAUGGGAAACCAUCACUGACAUCAGAUGGAUCAAGAACAUGGUCUACUGCAUCUAGGAAAAAUACUCCAUCCAGCCCUUUACCUGCACAAAAGUUCACACCGAAAGCAUACCCCAAAGUAGUUUUUUCUGAGUCUGAAUCAGAAAGCUUGAAAACACAUGAAAACUGGUAUGCUGGCAUUGACCCAAGCGAUUCUGUCAACACAGAGAUCGUGGAGUCCACCCGUGUAAGUCGACACAAGAGCAAAAUGGCACUACGUUGGGAAGCUGGCCUAUUUGCCAAUGAGCCAAGCGAGUAGAGU